AUGAAAGAAGAAAGCAUUCAUAUCCGUUGUGAAUGUUCCUCAUGCAAUAUUAGUAAAAAUUAUAUUGGAAUUUUGAAAAGUUUUGUGCAAUUUGGCAUAGUCUUACCUCCAUUAUGGUUAGCAGCAAUUUAUCUAUAUAUUCAUUGUCAAUGGUUACAUUCUCACGAAGAAUACAUUGAACCAUGGGACAAAGAAGAUCUACCUACUGACUUAGAGUUAAACAAGCAUGGUGUCUCCCAAGAAGAAUAUUUUGCACAAUGUGCCCAUGAUGUUGUUAAUUCUCAUGAUAACACAAGAAAAAUUUGGAGACAAUGGAUAUUGCAUUGUUUUCUAGGAAUUUCGAUUUAUGUUCUUCUAGCCAUAAUGAUAUGGUUAAUUACUGUCAAAUCCACCCCAUUAAAAAAAUUAAAAAAAAAAGCAUGUAUAUCACUUUGA